AGACCGCAGACCUGCGUUUAGGGCUCGUUUUUUUUGCAUCUUGUCAACUAGAAGAUGGACGUCUCUGCGGCGAAGUAUGUACAAAAGGAGUUUGUGUGUGCAGGAAGGAUUGCAAGAUUUUUUUCCCAGUUGGACCUUGGGGUUUUGGCUGAGCACUCGAACUGAACAAUGGGACUUAGUUGCUGCGUUCCGGGUUGUAAUCACAAGAAUGGCAGAGAGUUGUGCAGUUUAUACAACUUCCCAAAUGAGAAUGAUGGACCAGAUUGGAAACAGUGGUAUGAACUGUGGUGUGAGCGGAUUGGAAAAUCACAGAGGGAGGGUGGGGGAGGUGUGUGGACCCCCACAACAUGGAGCCGAGUUUGUAGCUGUCACUUUAAAGAGGAAGAGCGAUGGAAACCAAGAACACGCCAGCCAGGUACGGGAUUGAAAUUCCGAGCUCCCGUCUACUUCCCCUUCAUGAGUGGUGCUUCUGGAAGUCGCACAAAGUCAGAACCCAUGAAUAAAACACCGUUAUUGGCUGGCCUAAGGGUUGAUACAGGUAUGAAGAGCAGUCUACUAGCUGGACUCAAUGUGAAAAUUCUCAAUCCAGACAAGACGUCGGAAGAACUUAAAAGUGAAAAUCAAGAAACUGUUUCUGCUGCCAGUAACGGCCAGAAAUGUGAAGACAACUCAACAGAGGGGAGGCGAAAAGAUGACGCUAAGCGCGAGAGUCCAGACCCUAGUGAAUCAAGUGCAAAGAAGAGCAAAACGGAAGAUGAUGAUGAUGUUGAGAUGAUUGAAGAUGACGAGGAUAAUGUCAGUGAUGGGAUUAAGAAAGGUUUAGGUGUCAAGAUGAGGAGAAAAUCUCAAGAAGAUGACGUUCAGAUGAUUGACUUCGAUGAAAAGUCCAAAGCCGUAGAGAAGAGUUUUGCAGAGGCACAGCGAGCCAUCUUGAUGAAGGCAGCGUCAAAGUCUAACUCUCCAGCCAUGCAGAUGGUCCAUAGCUCUUCAGCAAGCAAUAGUCCAGUACCAAUGAACAUGACCACCCAGUCCAUGGGAAACAGUGCCAGUGCCUACAGCUCCCUGGUCCAGAUGAACGCCAAGUCGCAGAUCCCAGGUAACAGGGUUUUGUCAUUAACCAACCGGACGGUAGCCCCACAGAGCAAGUAUGCAGAGCUACUGGCUGUCAUUGAAGACAUGGGACGAGACAUUAGACCAACAUACUCUGGGAGCAGAACAGCCACAGAACGUCUUAAAAGAGGUAUUGUCCACGCACGAGCCCUAGUCAGAGAAUGCCUUGCUGAGACGGAGCGGAGUGCAAGAUCAUGAUGUACACAUCUCUAACCAUGUCAACUGUAAUAUACAACCCUUCCUGGACAUGUUUUUAAGAACAUUUAUGGUCACAGUAUUUUUUUAUGACCGUUACGAGUAAAACUACUCUUUGUUGAAACAAUCUGUCUUUAUAGUUUCUUUGGAUGGAAAUGUAUAGCUCUGUGAAAGCUGGCCGGAUAAACUUUUGAUGUUACUGCGCUGUGAGAGAGUUAGUAUGUAAAAGAAUAAGAUCUCAAAGACGAGUGGAAAACUACAAUAGAAAACAUUAAUGGUAAUCAUCCAUUUUUGGUAGGCACUAUACUAGAGUAGCGUCGGGCUGCCCGAGGGCUUUUCUACCUGUCAUGCGCAUUUCCCAUGUGCUUGAUUACUCGCGUGCGCACUUGGUAAAUAGCACCUGGCACGUGAUGAUGAAUGGGCCAGUAAGAACUCAAACUCGAUCAUGAAUAUGUCUGAGGUAUAGUAAUAUUAGUUAUAACUUGAAAGUGCAAAUGGUAUACUGAAAAACAGCUAGUCUUUGCACAAGCUUGGAAAGAGAUAUACAUGUAUUGCUUUCUGUUGUCCAUACAGCGCAUGUGAAAACAAAUCUAUCAAAAUUUGAAUUUGCAUACUCAACGGCUGAACAUAGGAAAAUGUCUUCAAUACAAAUUUUCAUUUACGGCACAGAAAAUAUCAAUGGAGUUAUUGAUCAGUCCGCAUUGAUAGUUCAAGUUUGCCGGAAGAUAAAGUGUUAUUUCACCAAAGUUUGUUAUGGUUUACAAGAUCAUCUAAAAAGGUCUUGCAUUUGCAAUAUGGUGUCUGUUAAAGAAACAUAAAAGUUCUAUCGAGGCAAUAGCAUUAACCGUUUCCUGUAACAUUUGCCAUUGAGUAGACCAGCAAUUUGAAAUCAUGAAACUUCACAGGUAGUGAAGGGUGUUUAAUAGUUUAAAGGCACUGGACACUAUUGUUAUUGGCAAUUACUCAAACUAAUUGUUAGCAUAAAAACUUACUUGGU